AUGUUUUGUUUUCUUUCGGUGCAAGCUGAGGGUGGGCAGAUGGAUGAUGUUAAUUUUCUUUACUCUAGGGUGAAUCCAGAUGGCACCGUCAGAGUCGGUGAUCAGUGGGCAGAUGAGCAGAUGCCUGUGGAUGGGACACAUGGGUGUAUUAGAGCGUUUGCUCAGCUGAAAGACCAGCAUGCGGGCCUGAGGGUAUUACUCUCAAUUGGCGGGGGUGGGAUGGGUAGCCAGCAUUUCGCGACUGUUGCCGGAAACCCGAUAGCGUUGGGUAACUUCGUGCGGAGUGCAAAGGACCUGGUGGAUAAGUUUGGUCUUGACGGGCUUGAUAUUGACUGGGAGCACCCUUCUGAUCUCGAGCAGGGAGAAAAUUACGUCAAUCUUCUUCGUGUUUUACGCGAAGCCCUCCCAUGGUCUUGCUACACACUCACCACCGCGCUUCCUGCCGGAGAAUGGGCCUUGAGACACAUCAACCUUAGUGAUGCCCAAUGCUACGUUGAUCUGAUCAACCUUAUGACCUAUGAUUUUUCUGGCCCCUGGGCUCCUAACAGCGGCCAUCAAUCCCAACUGUUCUCGCCUGCAGUUCCGCAUCAUGAGGCUGCCGAAAUCUCCUGCCACUCGGGCGUGUCAUAUGUUUUGGCCCAAGGCGUUCCUCCGAGCAAAAUCCUCCUCGGCAUUCCCGCGUACGGGAGAGCAUUUCCGGGAACAACGGAUAUUGGGCAGCCUCACUGCAUCAGAGAUGGAACGAAUGAAGAUGAAAUCGUGUUUGAUUACCGUGACCUUCCGCUGCCGGGAUGCCUAGAGCAACAAGACGACUGCUUGUGUGCGGCAUAUUGCGUAGACCGCAACAUGGGUUUCGUGUCAUACGAUUCAACGAAAACGGUGGGGCACAAGGCCAAGUUCGUGAAAGAUAUGUGUCUUGGAGGUUUGUUUUAUUGGCAUAUUGCCGCUGAUGCUGUUGGGAAAAGGAGUUUGGUCGCCACAGGGUACAGCGCUUUGCAUGAUUUAUACAGCAAACCAUAG